AUGCAUCAUUCAAUGAUCAAACUCAUCAACAUCAUCAAUAUGGAGGAUGAGAUUUACAUCAUUGGUUUAUCAAUCGAUAGUAGUGACAAUGAAGACAUCUCAGCUCAGUUCAUGGUCUUCAAGCGUACACAGGUGGUGCGCAGGUCUACCUCACCUCAU